UCUCUCUCUCUCUCUUAAUUGUUCCAAAGUCAACCUGUACACUCUUGCAUUCACAAUUGAAGUUCUUUUCUCGUUCUUCUGGUUUUGUCUCUUUUGUGGUUGGGGUUGUGGGUAGGCGGGGAACUUCCCAAGGACAAAGUGACGAAGCAGCAAAAACCGAUUUCAACUUUGUCCGCUGCUGGUUGGAUGCUUUCAAUUGGGUCAAAGCAUUCAAUUGGGCAGUUGCGUUCCUGGGUGACAGCUUCUCUUGAAUCACAAAGCCCGCCCAAAGCUUUCACAUUGUAGACGAUAGACGUCCUCUCUUUCUUUGUUUCUUUCACGGGCUUUGCUUGUUUCCAACCAGAGCUCUCUUUCUUUGUUUUUUCACCCCCCCUUUGGCCUUUUUUUUCUCUCCCUUUAUAGUUGUUUCCGAAAUUGGGGAGCUUUUUACCGUUCUUGUUCUCUCCUAUCUCUUCAUCUCUGUCUGAAGAAGUGGUGGAUGAGAGAAUAGGGGAGAUUGAAAUCUGGGUCUGUGUUUUCUUGAUUUCUAGUGAUGGGUCCUUGCUUGAGUUCGCAAAUCAAAGCCGAGAGUCCUCUUCAUAUAGGGGUGAAUUUUUUUAAUCGUGGAGAAGGAAACGAUUCAAGUGAUGCGAGCAGCAAGGCCUCCUCUCUUUCCGUACCUCAAACCCCUCGAACGGAGGGUGAGAUAUUGCAGUCGUCCAAUCUAAAGAGCUUCACCUUUAAUGAUCUCAAGACGGCGACGAGGAAUUUCCGUCCGGACAGUGUGUUGGGUGAAGGGGGGUUUGGUUGUGUUUUCAAAGGGUGGAUUGAUGAGCAGACUUUUACGGCUGCUAGGCCUGGAACUGGCUUGGUGAUCGCGGUAAAGCGGCUUAACCAAGAGGGAUUUCAAGGUCACAAGGAGUGGUUGGUGAGUGCGGAAAUCAACUACUUGGGCCAGCUGUAUCAUCCUAAUCUUGUGAGGUUGGUCGGUUUCUGCUUUGAGGAUGAGCAUCGCCUUCUCGUAUACGAAUUCAUGCCUCGGGGAAGCUUGGAGCAUCACUUGUUUAGGAGGAGUUCCUAUCAUCAUCCGCUUUCUUGGAAACUGCGUAUCAAGGUUGCUCUCGGUGCUGCUAAGGGACUUGCAUUCCUCCACAGCGACAAAGUGAAAGUUAUUUACCGAGACUUCAAAACUUCCAACAUCUUGCUGGAUGCGAACUUUGACGCUAAACUGUCAGAUUUUGGAUUGGCCAAGGAUGGGCCGACAGGGGGUAAGAGCCACGUCUCUACAAGAAUCAUGGGUACUUAUGGAUAUGCUGCUCCAGAGUACAUGGCCACAGGGCAUUUGACGGCAAAAAGCGACGUGUACAGUUUUGGGGUUGUCCUUCUCGAAAUGUUGUCUGGUCGACGGGUAGUGGACAAAAACAGACCAUCCGGAGAGCAGAAUCUCAUAGAAUGGGCGAAACCUUAUCUCUCGAGCAAGCGCAAGAUUAUCCAUGUCAUGGAUACUCGUAUUCGGAGCCAGUACUCAUUGGGUGGAGCGCUGAAAGCAGCAACUGUUGCAAUCAAAUGCCUCUCGCUGGAGCCCAAGUCCAGGCCCAACAUGAAGGAGGUGGUGAGAGCUCUGGAGCAACUCCAAGACUCGGAAGAGACCGCAAUGAACGAAGCCCUACAGAACGCCAACAGAAACACGAAUGUCGGUCCCAAGUACCGCCGAAGAAGUGCCAACGACAUCAGCGACGUGAAACCUGCCAUAUAUCCCCGGCCAUCUCUUUCUCCUGUUCAUUCUUGAGCAGACUCGGCAAACUUAUUUUCUUUUCCACGUGCACUGAUUCGGAGCUACAACUCAACUGAUGGUACGGACUCUCACACGCAUAUAUUGCAUUCUGUUCGUUGCUGUACAGCUGCUGCUAGUGCUUUUGGUUUCGCAUCGACGAUUAUAGCAGCAUUCCCAGGGAGGGAUGGAAAGCACGGAGAUUCAAGCCAGAGCGGCUACAUUCGGAUGGCUGUUUUUCCAUGGCUGACGAGCAUACUACUAGGCCUUUGUUUGUUGUCAUUUUAUAAUGUAUCGGUCCUCAUCUGUCGUAACAUAUUCAUUAAAUUCCCCCAUUGCGGGUGUAAUCUCCUCUUAUCUGUGUACAGAGUCCUUGUACUCCAUAAUCUUGAAUGCCCUGAUCACUUUGUA